UGGCCGCGGACCGGGAUUAUGAGGAGGAGGAAGUGUUGGUUUGACAGUUCCCUCUUCCUCCUCUCGAGUAAUGAAUGAAGAGACCUCCGAGCCACCGGCGGCCAUGCACUGAGAGAGCGGCGAGCCGGUGUCCUGCGUGGUCCCGAACAUGUCCUUUUUUAGGCGAAAAGGUAAAGCCAAAGGUGAAAGAGAGAAAAUACCAGAGACACAAACUAAUAAAGUCCCAGCUCCCAUUCCUGUUACAACCCCAUCCCCGAGCAAGAAACAUGCACUUUUGGAAGCUGCGGGACCAAGCAACGUGGCCAUCAACGUCAUCUCUGCCAACAUGGACUCAUUUGCACGUGGCAGAACUGCAGUUCUCAAACAACAACCAAUUCGCAUGGAAGCUGCCCACUUUGGAGACUUGGGUCACUCUUCCCUGAACUACAAAACCGACGAGGCUAACUCCAGACUUUCAAAGACCCUUGACCAGGUCUUGCAGGACAACAUUGCCCGUCCAUAUAUCAUCCAGUGUAUGGAGAUGCAAGGAGUUGGACAUAUAGUUAAAUUCUGGUUGGAAGCAGAGAGUUUCCGCGCUACAAGCUGGUCACGCAUCAGAGCCCACAGCCUCAACGUAGUAAAACAUAGUUCUUUAGCAGAGCCUGCCUCUCCUUCAAACAGACGUCGUAAUGUUGAUGGGGCAGUAUUGCUCGACUCCAGCACUUCACUUGACCCAGAGACAAAGGGUGAUCUGCUCCCCAGCAGUGGACAACUUAGCGUCGCCAAUCCCACAAGCUUGGACUGCAUAGAUAGAACUAAAGCACCUGCGAACCACUCCUUAAACCAGAGUGGCAAUGACCUGAAUCUCUUGCACAUUGGGACAUCGCAAGCAAUAACUAUUCAGGCAGAGGAUGCAAGUCGAGUAUCGAUCAAAUCUACAUCCAUGGAAUAUCCACACUCAACAGACCUUAAAGGACUUUCAGACAGACUAAUGAAGAGUAUAGAACGUGAUGCAGUGAAAAUAUUUACGAAAUACAUUUCACCGGAUGCUACCAGGCCAAUUCCUAUAAUAGAAGCAAUGAGGAAUGACAUAGUAGCUAAGAUAUGUGGAGAAGAUGGACAAGUAGAUCCGAACUGUUUUGUUUCCGCACAAGCUGUGAUGUAUAUUAUGAUGGACAAAGAGCACUUUACAGAGUUUUUACGAAGUCACCAUUUUUGUAAAUAUCAAAUUGAAGUGUUGACGAGUGGCACUGUUUACCUGGCUGAUAUUCUUUUUAACGAGUCAGCACUGUUCUAUUUCUCAGAGUACAUGGAGAAAGAAGAAGCUAUAAACAUCCUGCAGUUUUGGUUAGCUGCGGACAAUUUCCAAGCUCACCUUGCUUCCAAAAGCGGGCAGUAUGAUGGUCUAGAAGCACAGACUGACGCCAUGAUUUUGUAUGACAAGUACUUUUCUUUGCAAGCGACGCACCCUUUAGGAUUUGAUGAUUUUGUCCGAAUGGCAAUAGAGUCAAAUAUCUGCAGAGAGGGAGGACCCCUUCCUGACUGCUUUACCACUCCAUUAAGGCAAGCCUGGACAACAAUGGAAAAAGUUUACUUACCUGGUUUCUUGUCUUGUAAUUUGUACUACAAAUACUUGAACGAUCUCAUCCAUUCAGUGCGAAACAACGAAUUUACAAAAGCCUAUACUUCACUUCCUGGUCAAGGACCAAAUAGCCCUCACGAACAAGAGCCGAGCAUGGGCGCCACUGAUGGCAGUGUGCCACAGCAUGGUGUCAGAAAGGCGGCAGUAAAAAUCUUAAAGAACUUUGAUGAAGCAAUAGUGGUGGAUGCUGCCAGCUUAGAGCCGGAAUCUUUAUACCACCGGACUUUCGCAGGGCGUAUGACAUUUGGAAAGAUAAAUGAACUUGGCCAGUUUAUAAGAGAGUCUGAACCGGAGCCAGAUGUCAAAAAAUCCAAAGGUUCCAUGUUCUCACAAGCUAUGAAGAAAUGGGUACAAGGAAGCACUGAUGAGGCCCAAGAAGAGAUGGCAUGGAAGAUUGCCAAGAUGAUUGUCAAUGAAGUCAUACAACAAGCACAAAGCGAGCCCCUCCUUGUCAAGUCCACAAAGUGGACAAGAAUAUAAAGAAAACAUUUGUGUCUCGGCUAUGACAAGUGAGCGGAAGACCUGGUUGCUGCAAUUCUCCUGUUCAAGUGGCUCCACUCCACACCCAGCCACGGACUCCUUCCUGCUCACACACAGCCCUGACACAAAGCCGUCAUCUACACAGUGUGACUGACGUUACUCCAUUGCUUGUCAGUAGAAGACUGUGCAUUCCAGGACCUCCAGGACACGUUUCAAUGACCAGUCGGGGAUCUAUGAAGGGUUUUCUCAUGAAGUUUCUGCACUGAAAGGAUUUUAAAAGUGCUCUUCAAAUCUGGGUUCUGGCUGUUUGGUUUUAGUACUUUUGAAGUGACUAUUAUAUCAGAGCGGUGAUGUGCUCUAAACACCACUCCUCCAUUGGUUUGUUGCUGUCUGUUUUAUUGUCAGGCCCUUAGAUAAUUUCAAUAUUUUUGUUCAAAAGAUGUGACACAGGGUGGAAAAAAAAUCUAUAUAUAAUAUGAUUUUUGUCAAAGUUUGGAAAUCUUGUGUUUCUGUAUAAUAUUUGAUAAGUGGCCAUUAGUUCCUCAGAUGCUACCUAAUUGUGUUGGGGUUGAGGAUCAUCACAGAAACAAGCAAAUUAAGGCUGUGUCUAGGUUUUUGGUACUAUGUACCAUUUCUAUGUUUUCAGAUGCAUAAGUAUUCCUGUACUUAAUCUAAAAUCAUACCUAUUUAAUUGUGUUUGAUUUAAAAUACAUAUAUUAUUGAG